UCACCUGCACUCAGUGUGGGAAGAGUUUCACAAGCAAUAAUCAACUUGAGAUUCAUAUUAGAGUUCACACUGGAGAGAAGCCGUUCAUGUGUGAUCAAUGCGGAAAGAGUUGCUCUAAUAAAAGUGACCUGAGGAUACACAUGAGAGUUCACACCGGAGAGAAGCCGUUCUCAUGCGAUCAGUGCGGGAAGAGUUUCACACAGUCAGGAAACCUGAGGAUACACAUGAGGAUCCACACUGGAGAAAAGCCAUACAAGUGUGUUCAGUGUGGAAACAGUUUCACAUUAAAACAUAAUCUUGAGGUUCACAUGAGAAUUCACAUCGGAGAGAAGCCGUUCACAUGUGAUCAAUGCAGAAAAACUUUUCUUAGUGCAUCACACCUGAAGAAACACGUGAGAGUUCAUACGAAGGAGAAGCCGCAUUCAUGUUCUGUGUGUGGAAAGAGUUUUUCACUGCUGCCAUAUUUACAACUACAUCAAAGAAUUCAUACUGCUGUGAAAGAGUACAUGUGCUUUGAGUGUGAGAAGACUUUUACUACAGCGAACUGUUUAAAACUGCACCAGAGAAUUCACACUGGAGAAAAACCUUACAAGUGUUCACACUGUGACAAGAGAUUCAGUCAGUCAUCAAAUCUGAAAAAACAUGAGAAGAUCCACACUGGAGAAAAACCUUACAAGUGUUCACACUGUGACAAGAGAUUCAGUGUUUCUUCACAUCUGAAAACACAUGAGAGGAUCCACACUGGAGAAAAACCUUACAAGUGUUCACACUGUGACAAGAGAUUCAGUCACUCAUCAACUCGGAGAACACAUGAGAGGAUUCACACUGGAGAAAAACCUUACAAGUGUUCACACUGCGACAAGAGAUUCAGUGACUCAUCAACUCUGAGAACACAUGAGAAGAUCCACACUAGAGAGAAACCACACACGCGUGAUCAAUGUGGAAAGAGUUUCACGCAAUCAGGAUCUCUUAAGUGUCAAUCCACUUAAAUGUAAAUCCACACUGGAGAAGAGAAAAACUAGUUUCAGACACAAAUCAACUCUUUAGAACCACAAGAAAGAACAUUUAACUGUGAUCAGUGCGCUAAAGAUUCAUUGGGCUUCAGUCCUGAAGAAACACCUGAAGAUUCACACAGAGGAGAAGAUUCAUUAGUAAUAUUACAGCAGAAAAGACACGGCGGUGUGUUUCAGUGAUAGAAGUCCUUUGCUACAGACGAUAAAUAGAAAGAUCACCAGGAAAUUCACACUUUUAAGAGAGACAUGAAUCUGAUUUUACAGUUUUUUUUUUAAAUUGCUAAAACACUAAACUCUCUGAAUUUGUUGAAUAAAUCACUUUUUCUGUUAAACAUUAACUAGUUCUGGUAGUAAAAACACUGUUUUCAAGUCUAAUGCACUCUUUUAUUUUUUAAAAAAUAAACACAUUCUCACUCCGUAAAACCUA